AUGAUUCUCACAGUCAUUGACAUACCGGAAACAAGCAAGUCACCUGUUAGUACGAUGGUUGUCGCAACUGGCGAAACGGCAACCAUUCAAGACGUGAGGGAAAAAAAUAAAGAAAAGACAAAGAACGCCAAAUGUUUCAAAAUUCCCAAAACAAUGCUCGAGGAAUCAUUGAUUCAUGAAAUUGAAUAUGGUAAGAAAAACGUUUCUGUAUCAUAUCAGCAUUGACCAAAAGCAUUUCUUGCAUGCAUAUAUAUAAUUAUGCAGCAUUAUGAAUAAGUUUACAUGCAUUGAUUUCAUUAGAACCCAUAAAUUAAAACUCCUUUACUAUUUCUUUAGACAGACAGCAAAAUAUGAUUAUAUAUAUAUAUAUAUAUAUAUAUAUUUGGAUUGUUUAAUUAUUCUGGUAGGGUGUUCUGGCCGGUUUGAGAUUGGCACGAAGGGAGGAAGUUGAAAGAGAAAGUACAGGUAUAGACACUCAUGAAAAUAACGUAUGAUAUCGACAUUAUUUUGACAACAUAGUAAUGCUUAGUAAAGUAAAUUUAUUAAUUUAGAUGAAUUGCCAGAAAUAGGAAGCUGCACUCCAUCAAUGGCAUCAACAUCAUCAAAUGAACGUACGUAAUUUUUUACGUCAAAAAAGACGCGAGGUUUUACUUCUUUGUUACUUAUUUUCACAUUAUACGUAUUUACAACAGAAAAUAUCAUGACUGCAUAAAAAUGUAUAACUUAACACUAUAAAUUAAACUAAACUGAGAAUUUAGGUUUCACAUGCAUGGCCUGCAUGUUCCAGACUGCAAUUAUACAAUGUACCUUUAAUAUAGGCUCGAAGAAAAGACUGUUUUCCGAAGGAACAAUCGGCAUUCUACCGAAAAGAGGUUCGUAAUUAUUAUACUAGUUCAAUAAUGAGUUUUGCCUUCAAAUAUUUAUAACAAUAAAAUAGGUUCUGAAUGAUUUUGGAUAAAAGUCAUAAAGGUAAAAUGAUCACUUAUAAAUAUUUAUAAUUUAAAUCUUAUGUUGUUGUGUUAUAUUGGCUUAAAUGAUACCGAAAAUUAUAACAGUUUUUACAAAGUCGUCAGCAUCGUUAAAAUAAAAGGAUGAAUCUAACUACCUUGUGUAAAACCAGUGUAAAGCAUAUUGUAGCAUAAUUAAGUUAUAAAUUCAAGCUCCAUUUAUCGUCAUUUUAAUAUAUUUACAAAUUACAAUCUCAAACUCAUUAAGAAUUCAUGAGUAAAUUAGCCAACCAUAUUGCUUUAUUUUGCUCACAUGAUAAUACUGGAUACCUGAUGAAGUACAUUGAUCCAGUCCUAGGACUGGAUCAAAAUUAAUUCAGUCCAGUAGCAUAUAUUGGUGCAAAAAAGCGUUUUGUUUUUUUUUCGUACGAAGAUUUUUUCAGGGAAAAUGUGUUUUAAACCUUAACAACCCUGCUGUUAAUCCAGAAAUUUUUUGACCCUUUUUUGUUUGUCCAAAAAAAAUUUAAAGUCCCUCCCCCUCCAACAAUUUUUGGGGAAAAAAAUAAAAUUCGUUUUAAAAGGGAUUAAAAAAAUCGACACAACAAAAAAUUUUGAAAAAAUAAUCGUGCAUGUUGGAAAUGGACCACCUCCCCCUGCCCAUCACUGUUCUAAUGGUCCGUCCCUUAAAUUAAUCAUUUCUUUGCAGGUAAACAAGUUGUGAAAUCUCCAGAUGAUACUUGCAUUAAAUGUAAAAAAGACGAACCAGAUGAUGAAUGGACAGGUUCAUCGGUUCAAUGUGACAAAUGUGAUGGUUGGUUGCACUUGUAA